AUGUUCACCGGAAUCGUAGAAGAAGUGGGCGUGGUCUCCAACCUCGACACCAAUGACUCAACAGGUGGCACGUCUCUGACCAUCUCUAUCUCUUCUGGCUCAAAGCUCCUGGCUGACUGCCACGACGGUGACUCCAUCUCUGUGAACGGCGUCUGCCUCACCGUCACAUCUUUCACCCCCGAGUCUUUCACCAUCGGCGUGGCCCCCGAGACUCUACGCAUCACCAACCUCGGUUCCCUCAAGGAGAACAGCAAUGUCAACCUUGAGCGUGCUGUUCGUGCUGAUACCCGCAUGGGUGGCCACUUUGUCCAGGGCCACGUUGACACCACGGCUGAGAUCCUCUCUGUCACGCAGGAUGGCAAUGCCUUGACGUUCCGCUUCCAGCCUACUCGCCGCGACAUGAUGCGGUACAUUGUGUACAAGGGCUACGUCGCUCUAGACGGUACCAGCUUGACUGUCACCAAGGUUAACGACGAGGAGGCUUACUGGGAGGUCAUGCUUAUCGCCUACACCCAGGAGAGGGUUGUUGUGGCUCAGAAGAAGAAGGGUGACACUGUCAAUGUUGAGGUUGACAUGAUGGCCAAGUAUGCUGAAAAGUCUCUCGGUGGUAUCGUUGGCUCAGAGCCCGGGGCUGUGGCCUCGUUCCCCUUUAUUGAGAAGAUUGUCGAGAAGAUUGUGGCACAAAAGCUCAACAACAAGCAAUAA